AUGGACUCUCGUGACGAUCCCAGGGCAGUCUUCAUGGAGAUCUCAGACCGGGGCACUCCUGUCGGAGUUCCUCUUCGUUCCACAGCACGGGUGGUGCAUGCUGAUUCUCACCAACCCGUGGUGGAACAGCCUCACACCGAUGCGUGGGAGAAAGGUGCUUGGCUACUGAGCCCAAACGGAGGGUUGUCUUGGGUCCUGCUGGUCUGCUUCGUGAUCUACAACUGCUUCCAACUCCUUCGACACCUCAGAAAGGGGAUGCCAGUGGAUGACGUCCCAGCCGAUAUGGUCACUGCUGGGACCAAAACCAAGACCACGGACGAAAGCACUGAGCCCCCGCCGGCUCCUGCACUUUCGUCAUCGGCACCUGAUCCUACCCCUGCCGACCCGCAGGUGCACAAAGGGGACAAGGACGAGGUUGGGGGUCGGGAUGUUCAGGAUCCUCCGACACAGCCCUGUGCUUCCCCUCCCGAGACAGACGAGGUUCCCCCUGGGCCAUCCUCGCCGCCGCUCACCAGUGUGGAGGUGGAGGCCCUCCGAGAACUUCGACAGAGCUUGCAGGACGUCAAGAUGUGGGUUGAGGACUCCUCGCAUGCUGCAGCUGACCGGAACAAGGAACACCUCGCUGCCACCCUGACGGAGCUCAAACGCCUCCUGGACGGGAGCAUCUACUCGCAACCCAGGUUGGAAGCCGCCAUGAGAGAUGCCUUUGAACCACUGCAGGCCGCAGUGGUGCCAACGCUGACAGGGCUCAAGAGCACGCUGGGUCCCCUGCCGGAACAUGGGGCAGACAUCCGCGCCCUCAGGGAGGUCAUCCUCUCCAUUGAGGACGUUGCCACCCGUGCUCUGAAGGGUGUGGAAGACUCGUCGUGGGAUCAAAAUGGCCGACUCAAUGCUAUUGGGAACCAGAUCGGCACGGUUGGCACAGAUGUUGGAAAGGGCCUUCAACAUGCCCACAGGAAGCUGGAUUCCAUACACGCUGCCCUCGGAAGCAAACCAGCAGGCAGCACCGACGGGGGCACCGACUUUACCAGUAUCCUGGUGGCUGUCAAGGACCUCCAAACAGAGAUGAAAGCUAUGAACCAGAACAUGGAGAAGCUGCAGACUCAAGUCCAGUACCUCGAAGGACGCAUGGAGACUGCACUCUCGAAGUUGGUGGCGGUGGAACAGUCUACCAACAAGCUGGCAGCGGCUCGUCCAAAAGCACCGCCGCCGAGUUCACCGGCGCCGAACAUGCCCGCGGAGGAGGCGCCUUUGCCUCCACCCUCGCAGCCCCCCGGUCAAUGGCAGGCCCCUGUGAUUGGGCCUUCGGUGGGGCCAUGUAUGCCUGCGGCCACUCGUACGGGUUCAGUGUCGGCACCGACGAUGCGGCUGGCUCCACAUGUGCAGCUCCUUCAGCCUACACCUCAGGUGCCACACAACGCACCUACCAUGCCACAGGGAAGUGGGCAUAACCAACCCGUGAACGAGAUGGUGAAUUUGGUCUGGAGUGGACGGGUCUUUCCUGUUCCAGCAGCGGCCGUGCAACAUGGGCCGUGA